AUGCCCCAGAACAUUGGCGACCAAACAUCAGAGGCCCAAUUAGUUACGAGACUGACUCAUUGGGGUUUCGCUCGCAGCAUUCUUGAGAUGUUCAGUGGCGUUCAGACUUGGUGUGCCAAAUCACCAGAUGAGAUUUAUCAGUCAGUUGUCCUGAAGAAAGAGAAACCGAUGUUCCUAUACAAUUUACCUAUGGAGGUCGCUAAUGUCCUCUCUGGCUGCUAUGAGUAUGACUUUCGGGAUCACUCCUUGAUGUUAGAUAUCUUACAGUCAUUUGAAAGGUUGGAGGUGACACAUGAACGCUGGCAAUGCAAAAUAGCAGAUAUAAAAUAA